AUGAUUUAUAUUUUUUGUAUUUCAAUUUUAACAUUCUGUGUAAAGUUAGACGCACAUUACACUGGGAAAUUCAACUUCAUUCUGUAUAAAAACAAUAAUUUGAAGUCUUUUAGGAACAAAAUUGAUGGUUACUAUCAGAUAAAUAACAAAUUUGGCGGGUUUAAUUCAUAUUUGCUCGAUUCUAAUGCCUCAAGUUCUCUCGAUACACUGGAUACUCUCACAGUUAGUUUGACCAAUAAUCAGGAUUCUACACAAGAUUUAACACAUUAUGAUAGAAAAAGUUUAUUCGGUAUAAAUAAAAAAGGGAUUCAUCAUUUAAGGACCCCAAUUAAGUUAGUACUGGAGUCCAUUGUACCGGAUAUACUUACGGUGUUCGAGGCCAGGGAAAAUCUUGGAUAUGGACCACUACCAAGUCUUCUUUCCUGCAGCGGAGGAGUGGACUCAAUGUCAUUAUUACACUCAUUUGGAAUUAUAAAGACCUCGUAUGAGGAGAUAAUAGGCGAAAUUUUAACUAUUUUAAAGAGCAGAUUGAAUAACAACCCGUUCAAAAUCAAAUCUGAGACCACUAAACUGGAUCAUCAAAAAAGAAAAGUCGAGGUAAUUAAUUUUUUAAAGAAAUUUUAUGAUAACUUUAAAGUUGUUUACUUUAACCACAAGCAAAGAGAAGACGUUGAUAAAGAUAUUGAGGUGAUUAAAGCAGCCUGUGAAAAGUACAAAUUUGACUUAAUUAUCGAAGAAUUACCACAAGAACUUGAGUCGAAAAGUGAAGUAUCGAAAUAUGGGCCACAGCUGAUGUUCAGAAAGUGGAGGCGUGAAACUUGCAUAAAGAUCAUUGAUGGUCUAAGUUCUGCAGAUAGUACUAGUAAAAUUGGUGACGAACUAAGAGACUUAGAACAUGUAAUGAAAUUCUUGGAUGAAAACUUGGUAGACUUGCAAACCGUUAAGACUCCAGAAGAUUUAAUUGGUUUGAAGGGUCUGGUGUUCAUGGGACAUCACUUAAACGACAACUUUGAGACUCUCCUCCUUAAAAUUUCAAGGGAUACUUCUAUAAUCAAUUUGGGUUUAAAUAAUUUUCAGGAUAUUAAUGAAAAGUAUCACGCAGACAGUACUAAUGACGAGUUACACUACGAAAGGAAUAUUUUAAGAAAAAAUGUCAUUCCCUCAAUAGUUGCUGGAAUUAAUGGCACAUAUGAUACUUCCUCGGAAUCGGCGAAUCAAUCAGUGAAUGAAUUUUAUCAAAACAUUAAUAAUUUGUCCAAAAGCUUCGACGCCUUCAAGGAAUCAAUAGAAAAGGAAGUUGAAAUGUUCUUUUACUACAUUAACUCAAAGUAUAAGUCUCAGUCCACUCCCUACAGUUCAAGUUGCCUUUCAAACACACAUUCAACUGAUGCUGAAAAGGAGUCUUACAAACAUUUUUACACCAUUUUAUUCAAGAGAACUUACGGAGAAAAGCUAAACAGUUUCGAGUUGAGGUUCAGGACCAACUUGGCUUAUUUUAACAGGAUUGGCCUUAAGUUUCCUAGGCUUUUCUCUUUAAAGGAUUUGAACAUCAUACCGAAUCAGAUUGUGAAGGAGCAAGUUAUAAAGAGAUACGUUGAGUAUUUCAAUGGGUCGAGUAUAUCUAACCAAAACCUCCGCUACAUCCUCGAUCGUUUCACUAAAAGUCCUUUCACAAAUUUCCCCAAGUUAUACUGCAUAGGGAACCACUACUUGUUUCACCAGGGGUACCAUGUCAAUUUUCAACUAAACUACUCGAAUACAUUCCCCGCCCCUAAGGUUAAAAAAGGAUCAAAACCAUCACUGGGUAAUGACGAGGAUACUAAUUUGGUGUACUCUGAUGAAACUUUAAGUGUGUACAAUUAUCUGCAACUGUUAAAUGUUUGUGUGACUCCAGACAGUAACAAACAAAUCAACUCUAGGAAUGUUUAUGAAAGUGUUAAUGGCGCUGAUCCGGAAGAAUUCCAUGUGGAUCUGCUUCUGAAAGAGAAGAUGAACAGAGUAGAAGAGACUAGUUCAAAAGAUUUAAAUACAAAUGAUAAAGAUAAUAGUAAAAUACACAUUGACAUAAGAUAUUUGAAUGACGACGACAUUGUACCGAGUGCAGGGAUGUGGAAGAACAAAGCCCACGUCGUUUUGACCAACGCCAACAUUCACAAAAUCAUCAAGGAUGAAAUACCAGCAUUUGUAAUUUCCGGAACGAAUCAAGUUAUAGGGAUCUACGGGGUCAACUUGAGGGCUCCUUAUUUUUGUAAUGACCAUCAAACCAUAGAGUACGGAUCUGAAAAAAUCACCCUACCCGUGAAAUACAGGAUAAACAUACACUAA